GGUCACCACGCCUCGCCCACUCCAUGCCUAAUCAACGCCUGGGCGGUCUGACGCCAUGGCGCUUCUGGCAUGGCUCCGAAGCACCGUGCGAGCGCUCUUGCUCCGACUUUGUGCGGCCUUGGCAAACGCAGCUGUGGCCUUACCUGCAGCCUCAUCCCAGGAAGCGAGCGAGACUAGGCGUCAAGUGGCAGAGGUUCGGCAGAUGCUCUCAGGAGCAGAAGCUCGCUGCCAUGUGCAACUGUCAAUCCCACAUGGGCCCAGAACAAUUCGAAUGUUUAUCGACGGUGUCUUCGACCUGACACACUACGGCCAUGUGAAUGCCUUCCGGCAAGCCAAAGCCUUAGGGCAGCACUUGGUGGUCGGAGUGAACAGCGACGAGUCGGUGUUGCAGGCCAAGGGCUUCCUACCGGUGCUCAAGAACAGCGAGCGUCAGCGUGCGGUCCUGGGCUGCCGCUUUGUGGAUGAGAUCGUCCCCGCGUCCCCAUACAUUAUGACAGCUGAAUACAUCGAGGACCUCGUGGAGUCCAAGGGCAUCGAUUACUUUGUCCAUGGCGAUGACCCCUGCAUCGUGGAUGGCCGUGAUGUGUACGAAUCAGCGCGCCAAGCUGGCCGCUUUUGCACGAUCCCACGCACAGAAGGCAUCUCCACCACUGACAUCGUUGGACGAUUGCUUCUCCUGACGCAGGAUCAUCACACCAACCUCCUAGAAGAGUCAGCCACCUCCUCUGCUGGCGUUUUCGCGUCGCAGCAAUCGAGCUUUUUGGUGACCUCCCAACUGCUGAGAGCUUUCUCUGGCGCGCUGCCGGGGCACAAGGGUGGCCAGGUGGUCUACGUGGAUGGCGCCUGGGACAUGUUCCACUGUGGCCAUGUAGACCUGCUACGGAAGGCCAAGAACUUGGGUGAUUUGCUCAUCGUGGGAGUGCACGCUGACGCGGUGGUGAACAAGCAUCGUGGCUCCAACUAUCCCAUCAUGAAUAUGCAGGAGCGUGUUCUUAGUGUCUUGGGUUGUCGCUACGUGGACGAUGUCUUGCUGGACGCGCCCUGGCAGGUGACACGGGAGAUGAUCGCCACUUUGAGACUCUCCGUGGUGGUCCGCGGCACCGUUUGCGAUACCGUGCGCCGAGCUGCGGCUGAAGACCCGCACAGCGUCCCGAAAGAGAUGGGCAUCCACGUGGAGUUAGAAAGCGAGGAGACCCUCUCCUUGGCGGUGAUCGCCCAGCGGCUGCAGCAGAGACGGCAAGAGGUUGCAGAGCGACAGAAGAGCAAGGUGAGCCAAGAAGAGGCUUGGUACCGGCAGAAGCACGGCCUCGUCUGAGGGAGAUUUCGGUCUGAGGCAUAGAGGAUCAUGGAGUCCCGUCGAUGGAAGGGAGUGUCAGGGAGUGUUUUCAUGUGCUUUGGGGAGCC